CGCCACGACUGUGCUGCAACCCCACCCGAAAAUGACCUCCAAUCAAGAACGCUUCGAAGAAAUUGUGACGAAAGCAGCCUAUAAUGUAGAACUUCAGCCAGAUCUGAAUGCUCUCAAAGAAGGAGAGGACUACUGUGCCUUUGAUGUCGCAACUAUUAGCGAAAGCUCUCCACCGAAGCCAAAAACUACCGACUGCUCAAAUACAGGUCUGAAUUUUGGAGUAAAUGGAUUUACAAAACUACCCUGGUCUACGGACAAUGUCGUCGACAACCAGAAGUGUUAUGCGGUUAUAGAGAAAGCGCUAGGAGACUUAGCUAGCAAUGGUGCAAAAAGUGUCGAGGAUGUUAUAAAUACGAUAAAACAGUAUAGCUCCUGGGUCUCUUCCUUCGAUGGUUUGCGAGAUUAUGUGGAAAGCAUGCCUGCCACAGAACAGCAGAAAACUCUCGAAACCAUGACAGGAAUAGCGAAGCUAGCUGUCAAAGCGAAGUCACUAAUCACUGAACCUCUGCCUCUGCUGCUAGCCGGUCAAGCCGGAUCCGUUACGCUUAGUCAAGAGCAGUGUGCAUGUCUCCUGGCAAAUGGGUUCUUUUGCACGUUUCCGAAAGAAGCGAGCACCUUCAAUAAGAUCAAUUUUUCCAACGUUUUUCAAUCUGCCAAUCGUCGGUCUCGUGUGAGGCUGCAGUUUUUGCUGCAUUAUUUUUCGCUAGUGCUGGAAAAGAUGCCAGUUGGCUGUGUUUCAUUUUCUCGCGCAGUUUUGAAAGAAGACGCGACCCCAAAAUGGGAAGAGGAAAAUUCUCAGCUCCGUUCUCUUGCGCUACAGUCAGAGGAGGAGAUUCGCUUUCUAAUAUGUCCAGAACUGAUCGUAUCGUGCCUUUUAUGCGAGAAGAUGGGUCCUCUUGAAGCAAUUCACAUCGUCGGCGCACAACGCUACAGCGGCUACGAUGGAUACAGUUCCACUGUUGAAUGGAAGCCUUAUGACGCCUACGACUGUGAAGAACGAGAUAAUUUUAGGCGAGUGAUAUCGGACAUAAUCGCUAUUGACGCUCUUCCCUUCAGCGAUAGUUCACAUCAGUAUGAGAAGGAAAAUAUCGACAGAGAGCUCAACAAAGCGUAUGCCGGAUUCGUGUCAGAGAAAAGCGAUGCACGACCGAUAGCAACUGGAGGCUUGGGAUGUGGUGUGUUUAGAGGAGAUGAAGAACUGAAAAGUUUGAUUCAAAUCAUAGCAGCAGCAAAAGCAGGACGAGAUAUGAUCUACUGCGCAUUCCAUCAUAAGCAACUUGAAGAGCCUUUGCUCAAUAUGUAUGAUGAGCUGCUUAAGAAGAACACAACAACUGGCGCUCUUUACAAGGCCUUGAUUUCGUAUGCACAAGUAAAGCAGCAAAAGGAUUUGUCUGUCUUCAAGCACAUCUCCUCGGAACUUCAAGCACAGUAGCAAAGUGACAUAAACCAAGACAUAGCUUAAACAAGCUCAAUAAAUGUAUGCUCCAGUGUGU